UAUGUCCUUGUUAUAGAUGUUCCUGAAGGAAAGCCGGAAGUGUUCAUAGAAAAGGAUAUGUAUGAAAUAGGAUAUACGUUGAGAGGAAAUUGCACGUCGCCGCCAUCCUAUCCAGCCAUUAAUUUAACAUGGUUUCUCAACGAGAAAAAGGUGAAUGAGAGCUUCAUGAUGAGGCUGGCCGAUCCGGACAACCCGGAGGAUCGCAGGAAUCCGCUGACCACGGUGGCCGGACUCGAGUUGGAGAUAGAUGGCGCCACAUUUCAGUCGGGCAAAGCUCGGAUCAGAUGCGUGGCCGACUUGUUCAACAUCUAUCAAGCUCAGGAAGACGUAGUGCUGGAGGAGGAGAGACCCAGGCCGAGACCCUCAUCGGUCCUGGGUACGAGAGAUUCAUCAGGAUCCACAUGGCUCCGAGCGACGUUCUUAAUGAAUACGGCUGUAGUUCUCUCUUUAAUUAUACGGUAACAAUGCAACUUGUCAUCGUGGUAAAUAUUACUAAAAUAUUUUCGACUAACAAUCACACAUCCAUGCAAACACACGUACAUAUACAACAAGGAAUACAAGAAAAAAGUCACCCAUUCACAAAAAAAAAACACAACACACACGGACAAUGAAAGCAUACAAAUACACACACACACAUACAGACACAUAUAUAUUAAUAGACAACAACAGGAAUACAGAAACAUGAAUAAAAAUGUAAUACUCCGACAUGCAACAUGUACAUAAUGAUACACAGAGGAAGGAGCGAAAAGGGCUACGAACAAUGGGUAUAGAGACCCAGGGGACCGCUCCAGGAGCUCUCUUGAAAUGGGAAUAAAAUACGCUACUACAACUGUUACUAAUUAACUACUACGGAUGAGGAGAAGAAAACGUGAAGAAGAAAAAAAUAAAUAUAUAAUUAUAAAGAAGUAAACAGAAAAAAAUAAGUUAGAAUUAACACGAGAGAUUAUUUUAUACCUCAUCAAAUCAACAAAAGAAGAAAAAAAUAAAUAAUUAUAAAUGUAUAUGUUCGACAUGUAAGAAUGAUGGUUAACACUACAACGGACUAAUAGUUUUUAAACAAAAAAUUGAAUAAAUAUAUUUCUAUUUAUCAGUGUAGUUAAGGGAUGACGAGUUUAUUUCGGAAAGGGUAUUUUGUGAUAUAUAUUAAAUGGGAAAUGGUUAAAAACGUGGAGGUGAAAAAAUAAUAAAGAAAUGUGCGGAUCGCGUGUGUAAAUAAGAUGGACUUAAUAAUCAGUGUGUAUAAAAAAAAAUA